UCGACCGGCGUGACGAUGGACGGGUACAGUGAGCAAUCGCGUGGUGCCGGCCCUGGCUGCCGACGGCGGUGGUGACAGUCUUUUGCGCGGAAGCCGGCUUCCACCGUGGCGCCGGUGUAAGAGCGCUCCUCGAGCGCAGGACGCUGCGGGUUCGGACGCGGCGGUGCCGAGUCAUGGUCAGCCCUGGAAGAACCCUGCAGCUCCCCACGUGACCGACGCUACCGCAGGAGCAGAAUCAUGAAGACAAAUGCUGGGUUGGAAACAUGACAUAUCCCAUUAAGCCUGCAGUCGGCAGUCGAGGGUCUUCUAAGCGAGGAGUGCCAUACUUUCGCACAGUGGCGGUUGCUUCUGAAGGUCUGGCGUACGCACCAGGAUGUACGACUGCCAUGUGGUUCUGCAUGUUUCUACUUCUAGACAUCGGAAAUGUAGAAGGUAACGCUCCGAACAUCGACUACUCCCACAACAUGAGAGUGCUCAAGCUUCCCAAAGAAACGCCCAUCGGCACUAUCGUGUACCGGUUAAAGGGUUCCGACGCCGACUCGGACGUGCUCACCUUCGGCGCUCAGGAUGCCGCAGGCAAGGCGCUGUUUCAGUUCCGCUCCGUCCAGUUCAGCCAGGCCGAUGUGAUUCUCAAGAAAGCUCUCACGGAAGAAGAAUACACGAUACAACUCUUCGUCACAGACGGUGUGGAGACAACCGAAGUAGAAUCGACAAUCAUCGUGACCAACGGUACCGGAGUUCCCCAUCCAUUCGUGGACUACAGCACACUUUUGAGGGUGCCAGAGAACACGAAAGUCAACAGCAGCAUCGGAUACGUGACAGCGAGAGAGAGAGAUAACAGCAACUUGCCGGUGACCUUUGAACUCAGGGGUUCAGACAAGUUCAAGAUCCGCUACGAGUUUGGUCCACGCGGCACAAGCAAGGCGGUGAUCCAACUCAUCGAGCUUCUCGACUACGAGACCCGUAAAGUGUAUGAACUCGACAUCCUGGCACUGAACGCGUGGACGGACGAGCGCUACGAUACGCGCAACGUGGCCGUGCUGUCCAUGGCCGUGGUGGCUCAGGAUGUGCCGGACACGCCACCGCGGUUCCUGGAUGUCCCACCUGUAGUCACGGUCUCGGACUCAGCGCCACCCGGCACAAGCGUUCUGAAACUUACAGCAGUCGACGGCGACUACGGCAAUCCCAGGAACCUGACCUAUCUACUCGACAAAGAUCGUCAAAAGCAUUCCAUACACUCGAUGCCACCAGUGGACACGAAGUCGACGCUGGCACGGCGGUGUCCCCACGGUGUUCCACGACGGCUUCCUGGAGCGCCCUUGUCACAAGGUUUUUCAGCCAGAUCAUCUGACCAGAUGCCUGAUGAACUGUGGGUAUUACAAAAUCCUUGGUCGAGCCACUUCGGCGUCAACCCGCAGACUGGCGAAGUGAAGACGACUCGACCGAUAUCGGAACUGGCCGACAAGUACGGAGGCACGGCCGUGUACAUCCUCAAAGUCAUGGCGCGGGAAAGCUCCGGUACUGCCGAGUAUCCCGACAUGGAGGCGUCCACCCAGCUAGCCGUAGUGCUCAUGUCGCGCGAGAACCACGCGCCCUCGUUCGCCAGUGGGCCGUACGUGGGCUUCGUGGCCGAGCACAGUGCUGCUUCGACGGCUGUACAGUGGGUGCCCGGAGUGCUGCCCAGGGUCUACGAUCGAGACCAGGGGCGAAACAGUACAUUCAGGAUGUACCUGGAAGGCGAUGGGGAGAGCAUUUUCACCAUACACCCACAGUCGGCCUCGCGGGAGGCCGAUUUUGCCAUCUUAGUUCAGGACUCCUCGAAACUGGACUACGAGGUAGCCGAACCAAAGUACGUCGAGUUCACGAUCGUGGCGGCCGAGACGGAGGCGGUGCAACCUCUGACGUCGUCCGUGGCGGUGCGGGUGAACAUUGUGGACACGAACGACCACGCCCCCAUGUUCACCAGUGACAUGUACGAGGUGGUUGUGGCCGAAGACGCCAGGCCGGGCACCGUCAUUACUGCCGUCACUGCGACUGAUCCGGACACUGGGAACUUUGGCACAAUCAAGUACACAUCUCUGAAUGGACCCAUCGCUGCAAACCUGAAGCUGGACCCAGACACCGGCAAAGUGACCCUGGUGUCGUCAGAGGGUCUUGACCGCGAGUCGGUGCCCGAGUACGCACUCGCUAUCGAGGCGCAGGAUGGUGGAGGGCGCAGAGCUUCGACACAGCUCCUGGUGCGCCUGGGAGACGCCAAUGACAACGCGCCUUCGUUCAGGCAGCCACGCUACGACGCCGUGCUCACAGCAGACCUGGCGGACUUUGCGGAGCCUCUCAUCGUCCAGGCGACAGACACCGACGCGCCAGGCCCCAACAGCAACGUGACGUACGAGAUUGUGAGCGGCAAUUACGAGCAGAAGUUCCGCAUCGACCCCGUGUCGGGCGCUGUGAGGCUUUCGGCGCCCCUGUCGACGGCUCGCAUGGGGCUGCCCCUGGUGCUCACAGUGCGCGCCCACGACCAGGGCAUCCCCGUGCGCUCGGCCUCGGUGCCAGUGCGCGUUCACACACAGGAGUACCUGAAUAGAUCAAUAGUUGUUGUCCUGCCAGGAAGCGAAGAUCAAGUCCGUCCCAGGAAGGAAAAUAUUGAAAGGGGCCUCUCUGAUCUUCUUGGUGCCAACGUCAACAUUUACUCAAUGAUGCCACACAACGGAUCUAAAAAUGCAACUGUAGCCCGAGGCUGGGCGGUGUAUGAAUCACAGCCCAUCGACCUCGUCUCGUUUGGCAAAAUCAUGAGCAACUUGUACGGAAUGAACUACGAGCAGAUGUCCGUGGAGCGGGAGACGCUGCUCCUGAAGCGGUCGGGCAACGACCGCGUCUUCUGGAUCCUGCUCAUCGUGCUCAUCCUAAUCAUACUGCUGCUUCUCCUGAUCAUGCUCUGCUGCUGCUGGAAGUACUUCCUCAGGAACCAGCGGCCACGUUCGAGUAGCAAAGUGUCUCCGGCGAGAUCUACGGUAGCAGUCACGACGGAUCAGUCGCACCGCGAACGGCGCUCGACCACGGACAAGGCAACGGCUGCCAACGGAAGGUGCGCCACCUAGCGCCCCCCGCACCCUCCGCACACUAUACCCGAUGCACCCCUCUACGCCCGUUACCCUCUGCACAACCCCAGCGUGCCCAGUGGCCGCCGCGGCUGGCAGGCCGAUGGCGGCAGUCCCCGACCUGGAGACGGCAAUGCUGUCCCUUCCCAGUCAGUCGCCGUCGGCACUACCGCUGGGCUGGACGAGGCUGCCCGCCAAGGUGGCACCGUGGAGAACCCACCGCGGGGGCGCCCCGCGAGCCGCGAACGCCUGCUGCUUCACGGCUCCAGCCUCGACACUGAUGCCGUCGUGCACGCGGGUGAAGGAGGGGGCCGCCGGUUGGGCGACUUCCUCGUAGUGCGACGAGAUGCCGCCGCCGCCAGGAGACGUCGUCGCGAUGACGUCGCUGACGCGGACGCCGACCUCUACAGACGCGCUCCGUCGUCACCGGUUAGCGACACCUUCGGCACGACGCGGAGCGUUGAGUACAGCGGAGGCUCCGUCGGUGGCGUCGCAGGUCCGCGCAGAACCGAGAUCCUCUAUAUCCGCAGCCCUCCGCCAGACGUCGCCAGCGUCGCGGACGACUUCCAGGAAGACUCGUCGUCACGUCGUCGCCGCCGUCUCCGCGAAGAAGAGGCCGACGACAGCGGAAACAUCCGACACCGCGCCGCCGCGAACCGCCGCGAAAACGCUCGCCGUGUCAGGUUCUCCCGGUACCACAAGGUGGACGGCGCAUCCUUUGUUUUGCAGUCACACUCACCCGAUGGCGUUGAAGACAUAGCGUCGUCGACGUCGGUGCUUCCCCGAGAUCAGGUUUGGAUUGUACCACAAGAACCGCGGAGCACGACACAACGCGAUGCUGUGCCCUAUGAAGAGCCCGCAGGGAGACCAGUACCGGCUGCUAGGAACGCGCGGCUGCGAGCGAUGCACCGUCGGUCCGGUGGCGACAGCCAAGAGCUCGAAACAAGCGAUUUCGGCGAGUCAUUCGAAGAGUGCGAGCUCCGGUCAAAAAACAUCCUCGCUAAUGAUCUGCCUCAAGUCCAUGGCGGUGAAGCGGAUGGCCCUUCGUUUUCACGCGUAGCCGAAUCGUCAUUCCAGGGGGAAAGUGCUCUAAAACAGCGAGCCAUCAUUUCUAGCGAGGCAGAGGUUCCUGGCGAGACCUUUGACGCCCGUGCGAGUACGAUUCAGCAACAAAUGCAUGUUAGCCGACCAGAGGAGGGCACGAGAGUAGUUCAAGCUGGUGAAAUUGGUCAAUCGUUGAUUUUGGGUUCGCAAGCAGCAGGCCUGCCUAAUCAUACUGCAGAUAUAAAGGAGCAACCUUCUUCUUUGACAGCACACCAGGCGCAAGGUACCAUCAGUUCAAACACAUUAACGCAACUCACAACGUUGACAACCAAAGCACAACAGCAGCAGUUAUCACAGCAAGACUCGAACGUUGGACAACUUUCGUUCGUCUCGGACAUACGUGGACCAGCUACUUAUCACGCGCCUGUAAGUUGCAUGAGUGGAGUAGCAAAUACUGGCGCUUCAACUGAGUUCGCCGAUAUCUCGGUUCAGCCUCACGCCUCGCAAGCCCAUCACAUUCAGCAGGACACUGCACUCGCCCAGACUUCAUUGCAUUCGCUCGGCCUCCAAGGCCCUCAGCUAGUCGCCAUAACCGGGAUGUCCCCCGUAUUCUUCAGCACACAGCUUCCCGGCACUCAGGUGAUAUCUCAACCCAUUGACAUCCCACAGCAUAACUACCCUCAGGCACCUGUCCUUCAUCAGUCCCCUGCAGCUGCGUCAACGUACUAUAGCACAGUUCAGAGCAGCGAAUCACUAAAUCAGCGUCAACAAGGGGCACUUUUGCCGUCUCAUGUACGCGUUGAACGACAAGAGCGUGGCACAAUGCAGCGUGAACAAGUUCAAAUGUCAUCAGUAAAC